UGGCCGAUUUUAAAUGGCGCCCAUUGUUUAUUUUCUUGCGAAUGUCGAUUGAUCUUUACCCUUCCGUUUAAUUACAAAUUACAACGUGGUGCUGUGCGAAAACUUCAUGUACUAAAAUUAGCAACAAUGAACAAUGUGACUGAAUAAUUAUAUCGUAGUUAGUAACAAAUUCGUAAAUAAAAAUUGAAGCCAAACGUGCCAAUUACUAUAAUCGCAUUAUUUGCCCUUUUAUAAUCUCCUUACAUAAUAUGCGCUCGUAAUCUGUUAUUCGCCGUUAUCUUAUCAUUUAAUGCGUAAUGCUGCUCGAUUGAUCCUUGCAGAGACCAUGGCACGACGUCGUCGAAAGCACAAGGUUCAGCCCGUCGAGGAGGAGAAUGACUUCCUCAGUUUCGCCCACAGCGCCGCCGAUCAGGCCGAGCAGGUCGUGCGGAAGAUAAUCCAGGCGAGCUGGAACGUCUGUCACUUUAACAUGCUGCCGCACUGGCUCCAGGACAACGACUACUUGAAGCACGGCCAUCGACCGCCGCUGCCCAGCUUUCGGGAUUGUUUCAAGAGCAUAUUUCGCAUCCACACCGAGACCGGCAACAUCUGGACUCAUCUGAUCGGAUGCAUCGCGUUUAUUUGCAUCGGCGCAUACUUCCUCGUCCAUCCCACCCUGGAGAUACAGCUACAGGAGAAACUUCUAUUCGGGAUAUUCUUCGUCGGCGCAAUCGUCUGCCUCGGUUUUUCGUUUGCCUUUCACACGGUCUGCUGCCAUUCCGAGUUCGUGAGCCUUCUGUUCUCCAAGCUCGAUUACUGCGGCAUCUCUCUACUAAUCAUGUGCUCCAACGUGCCGUGGCUCUACUACGGCUUCUACUGUCACUUUCACCCGAAGGUGAUCUACCUGAUCGCCGUGUGCGUGCUCGGCGUCGCGACGAUCCUGAUCAGUUUCCUAGAGAAAUUCUCGGUCCCCGAGUGGCGAACGUUUCGCGCCGGCCUCUUCAUAUGCUUCGGACUGAGCGGGAUAAUUCCGGCCAUCCACUACGGCUUCUUGGAGGGUUGGUUUAACAGCGUCAGUUUGAAGAGUCUCGCCUGGCUGUUCCUGAUGGGGCUGCUUUAUAUCGCCGGCGCCGUGCUAUACGCCCUACGCAUACCCGAGAGGUUUUUUCCGGGGAAGUUCGACAUAUGGCUGCAUUCGCAUCAAAUUUUUCACUUGUUUGUCAUUAGUGGGGCCCUGGUGCAUUUCCGCGGCAUAACCGAAUUGGCUUUGCACAGGGUUUCGUUUGCGCAAUGCGAUUUAGCUAAUGCACUUAUAGUUUGAAUGUUUAUACGUUUGCUGGUGGCUUUUCGCGAUGUUCCUGAAUUGUACUGCGAAAAGUUAACAAAGCAAGCCGUUUGUUGUAUUAUAUCACAUAUUUUAUGAAAUCUAUUUUGAUAUUUAUCUGGUGUUAAGUUUGGAUGUGGAGUGUUUAAUAAAGAUUUAUAUUUUUA